AUGGCAAGUAACAAUACUAAUAUGAAGAAAGUUGCUAAAAAGGCAGAAGAACCAUCGAGUGUACAGAAACUACUUGCUUCGCUGCAGCAAGCACAAACCAAAGGAAGUCAAGAUUCAACAAAUGAACCAUCUACAGUGAAACCAAAGAAAAAUGAUAAGCGAAAAAAAUGUGUGGAAGAGAAAAAGAAACCGCAGAGCGCGAGUGUCGGAGCUCGAAUGCAACAGCAGGCUGAGAAUGCAAGGCAGCAAACAACAAAACGACCUCGUCAAAUUUCAAGUUCGAAAGGAACUGGUCGUGGCACGGUCGGAUCAGAUUAUUCCCAGCACCAACAACAACAACCCACUCAAUAUCAGCAAUACAGAGGGCCGCGAAUUCCAGCUGAUAUUCUUGAUGAGCUGGAGUUCCGAUUCAUUAAUAACAUGGUAGAAUGUGAAAUCAAUGACAACAUUCGCGUUUGUUUCCAUCUUGAGCUUGCUCAUUGGUAUUAUAUUGACCAUAUGGUCGAAGAUAAUAAAUAUACAGGAUGCCCCAACGUUGGUUCGCGUGACUUCACAGUUCAGAUGUGCCAGCAUUGUAAAGUUUUGCGUAAAUAUGCUCAUCGAGCAGAUGAGGUGAUUGCCAAGUUCAGAGAAUAUAAAUCAUCCGUUCCAACAUAUGGAGCCAUUCUUGUGGAUCCAGAAAUGGAACACGUCAUUCUCGUGCAAUCAUACUUCUCGAAAGGAAAUAACUGGGGAUUCCCUAAAGGAAAAAUCAACCAGGACGAACCUCCUCGCGAUGCUGCCAUUCGUGAAACUUUCGAAGAGACUGGCUACGAUUUUGGAAUUCAUUCCGACAAGGAGAAAAGAUUCCAACGAUUUAUCAAUGAUGGCAUGGUUCGACUAUAUUUAGUGAAGAAUGUUCCGAAAGAUUUCAAUUUCCAACCACAAACUCGCAAAGAAAUCAGAAAAAUCGAAUGGUUUAAAAUCGAUGAUUUACCAACUGAUAAAUCAGAUGAGUUGCCUGCAUAUCUACAGGGAAACAAAUUCUUCAUGGUGAUUCCUUUUGUGCGGGAUAUUCAGAAUUUUGUGCAGAAAGAGAGAGAUAGAAUGAGAAGACGUCAAACAGAAGCUUCCACCACAGUCUCUUCUCGUCCAACAGAAUCAUCUCAAUCUUCUAUUCUGUCUCAAUUGUUUCCGGCUUCAUCUGAAACUAACCAACCUUCUUCUUCGUCAACACGACCUGUAUACAAACGGCUCACAAGUGAAGAACUGUUCUCAGCUUUCAAAACUCCGCCUACCCAAGACACCAAUGAGAUAAGUCGUCCAACUCUCCCCGAAAUGUCACCCGCUGUUAAUGGAUUGGAUUCCCUAGCAGUACUUGGUUUGUGCACACCUUUGAAACCAGGGGCGAGUCUGAAUCAAUUCUCAGUGCCAUCACCAAACUGUCCGAUUAUAUCUGAAGAAGUCGGAAGCCCAAUAGAAUUCUCUUCAAAUGAUGAAAUUGGAUUCGUGAUGCCAACUGAUUUGCAGCAGCCAGUAGUAACCACAGAUCAUCCAUGGCAACACAACAAGUCCGGGGAAAGCAGUGCUCCUCCACCACGAACACUUGAAUCACAUCCAGGAUGGCUCGAUACUCAAUUGGUUAACACUAUCAUGAAUUCACCAAACCAACCUAUUCCAUCUUCUAAUUCUCCUGCCACUCCAACUACCGUUUUUGGUCACUUGAUUGGAAAACCAAUCCAACCACAAGCAAUCCUUCCUCAAGCUGCUACACCAACUGCUUUAGGGAGCGCUGAAAAACCAAAAAGCUCGAAAAUAAAUUUGAGCGAUAAUUCAGCCUUCAAGGCUAUCAACUCAUCACAAAAACAAUCUGUACCAAAAGCAACGGCGCCACCCUCUUCGGAAAAGAUUCGAUCAGCAUCAUUGAGUGGAAAUACAAAACCUGACACACGGAAAGCAACUCACAGCCUGUACAACUCUGUCGUUUCUCCAGUUUCCAGUGAAAUUCCAUCUAUUCAAGAUGACGAUCCGAGCAUGUGGGAAGAGGGUUGGUACCGUGAGCAGCUUGCAGCUACUGCAGGAACAAGUAUAUCUUCUCUCACGGCUUCUAACCAGGAACUUUCCAUGAUAAAUAGAGACACUCCUGUUGAGCAACGUAAUCAAUAUAUGAAGCAAGUCUACCAACCUGUUCCAACUAAUUCGAAAAGUGAUCUGGUCCCGUUAUGUCAACAGUGGACAAAGAAAAUCCACCUUAACGCUGAAUACAUCGCUGGCCCGCUCGAAGUCUGGAUUCAACAAUUUUCCAUCAAUAAUCAACCACCCAAUGCUGUCCUCUAA